AUGCACCAUGGCUCUCUGCUGGGUCUAUUGGGUGACUGGAUGCACCAUGGCUCUCUGCUGGGUCUAUUGGGUGACUGGAUGCACCAUGGCUCUCUGCUGGGUCUAUUGGGUGACUGGAUGCACCAUGGCUCUCUGCUGGGUCUAUUGGGUGGCUGGAUGCACCAUGGCUCUCUGCUGGGUCUAUUGGGUGGCUGGAUGCACCAUGGCUCUCUGCUGGGUCUAUUGGGUGACUGGAUGCACCAUGGCUCUCUGCUGGGUCUAUUGGGUGACUGGAUGCACCAUGGCUCUCUGCUGGGUCUAUUGGGUGACUGGAUGCACCAUGGCUCUCUGCUGGGUCUAUUGGGUGGCUGGACUUUCUGCCAUUCAGACCCAGGUGGGUACCAGUUCCAGGGGAUAGUUGACUGUGAAUAUGAUGACACCACUGAUAAUAUGAUUUACUUUGUGAAAAACAUAUUCAACCAAAAAUUGACCACCAUCUAUGACUCCAGGGUUCAGAAGUAUGUGGGUUUUGGGGAGUUUGGCAUACGCAAUGCAGAUCACUACAACAGCCAAGCUUGGGAAAUGGCUAUAAGGAAAGCAGAAGUGGAGACUAUUUGCCGAUACAGUGCAAGAUUCUUCAAACUGAGCACUUUGGAAAGAAUAGUGCCUCCCAUUGUCAAAGCCCGCCUGACCAAGCCCUCUCACUACGGGGAGGUGUCCAUGCUGGAGUGCAGCGUUCUAGGCUUCUACCCUCAGGAGGUGAGGGUGAGCUGGCUGAGAGACAGGCUGGGGACCACCAUAGCUGUGACCUCCACAGACACACUGGCUAACGGGGACUGGAGCUACCAGCUCCACUCCUACCUAGAGUUCAGGCUUCAGAGAGGGGAGAGUGUAAGCUGCAUAGUUGAGCACCCCAGCCUAGAUGAACCACUGGAGGUGGUCUGUGGUGAGAGACCUGGGGAAGAGAGGGAGUAUUGUGGUCUGGAGUGAGAGCUGGAGGGAGGGGAGGACAGUUGGAAUGGAAAUGUAGGGGAGAGGGGUACAGAAAGAGGGAAGAACAUUCUGCUUAUAGCAGUGUUUUCAUGAAAAUGUCAAUACAUUUGAAGUUACUGGAUUGGUAGCAGCCAUGUGGUAGAGUGUGAUGUCUUGUUUUACAUAAUUCCAUUCCCAGAUACCUCAGGCCUGGAUGCUAAAUUGUUUAAAAUGGCAAUAGGGUGUGUUCCCUUUUCAUUGGUGUAGCCAUGGCUAUUGGAGGAAGAGUUUACUACUGGUGGAAGAACAGGUAAGUCACAACAUUAUCACACAAUGGACAGAGAUUUUAUGUAAACUAGAAAUCUAUUGUAUUUUUCGAUUUCAAGAAGUUUCAUAAAGUAGACAUAUUUUACUGUUUCAGGUCAGGCUUUAGGCAUGUGCAUAGAUAAGGUAAGGCAUUUUUCUAUAUUGUGUUUGACAUUUUUUGCAAAAAAAUUAACAUUUCUAUCCAGUGUGUGCAAAUGAGGUGAGGCAAUAAAUAGGCCGUAGUGGCAAAGUAAUUACAAUUUAGCAAUUAAACA